UGUCAAUAGUAUGAUGAAAUGUGAAGUUAGCGACAAGAAUUCUUUUACGGAAGACACGUUGAGAGGUGCAUUUGCACGAUGAGUUCCUUAAAACUUCAGAAGAGGCUAGCAGCCUCUGUUAUGCGAUGCGGUAAAAAGAAAGUUUGGUUGGACCCUAAUGAAAUCAACGAAAUUGCGAACACCAACUCAAGACAGAACAUCCGUAAGUUGAUCAAGGAUGGUCUUAUUAUUAAGAAGCCCGUAGCUGUACAUUCCCGUGCCCGUGUUCGCAAAAACACUGAAGCCCGCAGAAAAGGAAGGCACUGUGGUUUUGGUAAAAGAAAGGGUACUGCUAAUGCCCGUACCCCACAAAAGGAAUUAUGGAUUCAACGCAUGAGAGUCUUGCGUCGGCUCCUUAAAAAAUACAGGGAAGCAAAAAAAAUUGACAGACAUCUAUACCACUCACUGUACAUGAAGGCUAAGGGUAAUGUAUUCAAGAACAAGCGUGUCCUUAUGGAAUACAUCCACAAGAAGAAGGCAGAGAAAGCCCGUGCCAAGAUGUUGGCAGACCAGGCCAAUGCCAGAAGGAUGAAGGUAAAACAAGCUAGGGAAAGACGUGAGGAACGUAUUGCCACAAAGAAACAAGAAGUUUUGCAGAACUACAUGAGGGAAGAUGAAGCUGCGGCCACUAAGAAAUAAGUUAAUUGUUUUAUAAGAUGACUAUAAUAAAAAUUAAAAAAAUAU